CCAGAAUAUACCAUAGACAGCCUGGUAUAACACAGGGCGACCGGGACAGCGGCCAGCAGCAGCCACAGUCACUACUCCCUGCCUACAAGCUCCAGCAGCCAGGAGCCAGCUCACCCCCUCCCCUCUCCUCCUCUCCCGGUGUCUGCUCCACCCCUCUCCCCACGCAGGUGCGCCCCUCCCCGGCUGAUGCCGCUGACCUCACCGGCCCCACCUUCCAGCCUUCUCCGCUGCCGCCGGUCCCCGCAAGUUGUGACAGUAAGGACCGGAGAGAGAGGCUGAGCUGAGGCGGGGGCAUGGUGCGGGGCGCAGGGCAGAGCCAGGUGUGCUGAGAGAAGGGAGAGCUGCUGUCGGGAUCCUGGCUUCUAGGGGGGCCUGGGGAGUGAGCUGUAUAAUUUGCCCGUGUGACUGUGUUUGGUGACCAGGAGACAGCCGGAGCCAUGUCCCGGGACCCUGAAGCCGUGGCUAAGAUCACCGAGAACACCUACAAGAAUGUUAUGGACCAGUUCAACCCUGGACUAAGGAACCUUGUUAACUUAGGAAAAAAUUAUGAAAAAGCAGUUUCUGCAAUGGUGCAAGCUGGGAAAGCUUAUUACGAUGGAGUGGCCAGGGUGGGAGAAAUGACAACAGUCUCUCCAGUUUCAAAGGAGCUCGGUCUGGUCCUCCUGGAUAUCUCUAGUGUACACAAAAAGUUAAAUGAAAGCCUCGAAGAAAAUUUCCGGAAGUUCCACAGAGAAAUAGUUGCAGAGUUAGAAAAGAAGACGGAGCAAGAUGUAAAAUAUAUGAAUGCCACUCUAAAACGAUACCAGACAGAACACAGACAUAAAAUGGACUCGCUGGAGAAAUCGGAGGCAGAACUGAAGAAACUCAGGAGAAAAAGCCAAGGGACGAAAAAUGCCACAAAAUAUGAUAUGAAGGAGACAGAGUACUUGAAGACCAUUACUUCCCGCCAGAGUGACAUCCAGAAAUUUAUAGCUGAGGGCUGCAAGGAAGCGUUGCUGGAAGAAAAGAGACGUUUCUGCUUCCUAGUGGACAAACAUUGUAAUUUUGCUAAUUAUCUAAAUUACUACCACAUACAGGCUACAGAUUUGCUAACCUCUAAAAUCCCAAAGUGGCAGGAAACGUGCAGUGAUGUCUCCCAAGUUCCGGAAAAUGUCAAUACCUUAUACCAAGAUAUGGAGACUCCCAGGACAACUCCGAUCUAUUGGACUCCUGAACCAUCUCCUCUUAUGGACAAGAAAGCUCUGAUGGCCGCAGACGAUACAAUCUCUAGGAACACAGUGCGGAUGCCCCCGGCGCCCCCAAGCCGUGCACAGACAAGUCCCCUGGUUGACAUGUUUAACAAUCCAGCAACCGCUACAAAGGUGUCCCAUGACAGGCUGAAGUCAUCACAGGCAGAGGUCACAGAUGAGGGUAGCCUGCCACGGUCCAUGUCUGUCGCAACAGGAUUGAAUCUAAUGAAAAGGCCAAAAGUCAAAACAAUCUUCCCUCACACCGGAAACGGCAGGACUUUACUGAGCUUUGCCCAGGGUGACACCAUCACUCUUCUUCUGCCAGAAGAGAAAGAUGGCUGGCUGUACGGUGAGCACGACACGACAAAACUAAAAGGCUGGUUCCCCUCGUCAUAUACCAGGCCCCUGGAAGAGAAUGGAAAGGAACUGGUGCAGGUGCCAAGUGCGACUCCCAGCCCCGCUCCAGUGAGAAGUCUCAGCACAGCCAACUUAAUUGACAAACAUAACAUGUUUCUUCCCGAACCGGACUAUUUAGAAACGUCUUCCUUUAGCAGUUCCUCUGAUCAGGAGCAAGUUCCAUAUACCCCAUAUCUUGCCAAAGAACCUACUAUCAUAGCAAACAACGGAUCUCCGAAACCAACACAAAAUGGGAUUACGAAGCAUCCAUUUUUAAGUGGUGAAAAUCCGUUUGCUACUGUCAAGCUCCGACCAACUGUAACAAAUGACCGUUCCGCACCAGUCAUUCGAUGAGCAGAUCCCGUUAAUUUAAAUACUUUUUAAUUAUUUUAUGUAUCCUGAGUUAUGUAAAGUUAAUUUCCCCCCCCCCCCCGCCCCCCCACAUUUUUGUUGUGAUUUUGGAAAGAUUUAGUCCCCAACAUCAAGAAAAAUAAUGAAGAAGUUCUGUAAACAUUUUGGGAAAUCUGAAAUACAAGCUUUAGUUUAUAACCAAUAUUUCCUGCACCAUUCCCUAACCUUUCUGAACAGGAAUAUGCUAUAAUUCUAAAUAAGCUUGUGUUAAAAAAAUAUAUAAAAAAAAGUUGAAUUUUUAAAAAUCCUAAAUAGAAAAAUGUUAUUCAUCGCUGAUCACUUGAAAACUCGCUGUGUUACUUUUUGGGGUUUUUUUUAAUAUAAAUUCUAAUUAGUAAUGUGGUCAUAAAAUGCUAUUCUUGGAAAUCGGCAAUUAUCGGUCUGUGGUAUGAGAAGUCGGGGGCUGAGCUAUGUGGUGGAGAAUGAAGUCAUUUAUCUUAAAGUGGAAGUCAUUUGUCUUAACGUGAUGCCCUGUAACUACAAAUGACACAUUACCAGUUUAGUAAUUUCUACUCUACCCCGAGAACAAUGGUUGACCAAGGAGAAAUAUAUAUAUAGAAUAGCAUAUAGUGUUUUUGGGGGAGAUCGCUUUAUGAUUUGGACCCAAGGCGUAUGUGGAUUAGGAUAAAGCCAAUGGACUAGAAUCUUUUGGAAUCUAGAGCUAUCAAACAAUGAUGUUUCAUGAUAUUAGACCCAUGACUGGGUUUUACUGAUCUCAAGAUUUGUUCUACAGUUAUCUGGAGUCCACCAGUAUGAAGCCACCAACGGCCAAUGUUUGAUUUGUCCUACAGUUGUCUGGAGUCCACCAGUGUGAAGCCACCAAUGGCCAAUGUUUGAUUUUGUCCUACAGUUGUCUGGAGUCCACCAGUGUGAAACCACCAAUGGCCAGUGUUUGAUUUGCCCUACAGUUGUCUGGAGUCCACCAGUGUGAAGCCACCAAUGGCCAAUGUUUGAUUUGUCCUACAGUUGUCUGGAGUCCACCAGUGUGAAGCCACCAAUGGCCAAUGUUUGAUUUGCGCUAAAGUUGUCUGGAUUCCACCGGUAUGAAGCUACCAAUGGCCGAUGUUUGAUUUGUCUUUUCUCUGGAGUAAUUCAGCCAUUGUUUAUAUUAUGGGGGAAAGGAUUACUCACAAACUCAUUUGAGCUUAUCAGAAUAACAGAUAAAUAAUAAGUUCACAAAACAUAUAUAUACAAUACUUUUUUUCAAGACGUUUCGCUAUCUGGUAUGUGUGAUUUUUCAUCUGGUCAUCUAGCAGUCUCCUCAGUAAAAGAAAAAAAAACAAUAUUAUUACAAGAAAGCAAAAAUGUUAUUUUUAAACAUUUCUUUAUGCUUUAUAUCAUUAUCUCUCAGUGUUUAAUGCUUCCAAGUGUCAGAGAAUGAGAGCAGUUUGGUUAAGUUAUUUUGAUUGUUAUGUUACUUAAAAGUGAAAUGCCUUUAUAUAAAUAUAUAUAUAUAUGUAUAUGCCUAAAGCUGUGUUGCUUCAGAAAAAGAAUAUAUAUUUCUUUGGAUGAAAUCGGAAAACACAUUGUAAGAUCUUUAUGAUAAAAUAAAUAUUCUCAUACAAUA